CAUGGAGCCGGGGAGGACGGAAGGAGUGGGCUGUGCGGUGUGCAGGACACACACAUGCCCUUACGUCGCCUUCCUCUCCCUGCUGGGCUGCGCUCUCCUGCAGCGAUUCUAGAGUGUAAACCCCAUAAGGACAUAAACUAUUAUCUCAGAGGGCCGUGUGCCAAUCAGACGAGUCCUGGAGGAGAUUUUGCAAGGGUUUACCAUGUGACUAAGGGCACUCACUGCAUGUCAGAUGGUCUCUCCAAGCCAACAGUGAUGGAGUCAAUUGAUGUAGCUGAUGGACAGCAAGGACAGCAAAGUGGGAAGGAACAAUCUCAGAAAGCCUCACCGAGAACUCUGCAGCAUGGCUGGGCUGCCUGGUGGAAUGGAUUAAUGACAGGAGGCGUUGUAUAUUUGUUCGCCCUCUUGCAGAUAUUGCUUUUCUGCAUGAUGUUAUGGUACAGCGGUUUUGGGACAAUCCCAACAGCUCAGAAUGCCUUUGACCUGCUGUCCUACUUGCUAAUACCAUUUGAACAGUUCAUCUCAGAUCCAGGAGAGGACCUGACCAGAGUUGGAAGCAUUGCGAUGUUAUAUUUCCUGCUGUCUUUAGUUUCGCUAGGAUUGUUACUCAUAGGAACUCUGAUUUGGUAUCUUGUGAAAACCCAUCCGGAUCCCGCCUUUCCCCUACCAGAGGACAGGCGUCAGUCUGUGAGCCGCCAGCCUUCAUUCACAUACUCAGAGUGGACAGAGGAUAAAAACGAGGACGAUUUUCUAGAUUUGGAUCCCGUGCCAGAGACGCCGGUCUUUGACUGUGUGAUGGACAUCAAAGCAGAGAUGGAUCCAGCGACUCUGACAGUUAAAUCAGUGGGAUUGCAAGAAAGGAGAGGUUCAAAUGUUUCACUCACGCUGGACAUGUGUACCCCAGGCUGUUCUGAGCAAGUCUUUGGCUAUGUCAUGUCACCAAGAGAACAAUCAGCCCGAGAAUACCUACAAAUGGCAUCGAACAUUCUUACCGCAGAGGAGCUACACAAGAAAGCAUUAGACCCUUUCAUACUCCAGACAGAGUUUUUUGAAAUCCCAAUGAACUUUGUUGAUCCAAAGGAAUAUGAUAUUCCAGGAUUAGUGCGGAAGAAUCGCUACAAAACAAUUCUCCCAAAUCCUCACAGCAGAGUGUGCCUUACCUCAACUGAUCAAGACGAUCCUCUUAGCUCAUAUAUCAAUGCUAACUACAUCAGGGGCUAUGGAGAAGAGGAAAAGGUAUAUAUUGCUACUCAGGGACCCAUAGUUAAUACUGUCAGUGAUUUCUGGAGAAUGGUGUGGCAGGAGCGUUCUCCCAUCAUUGUCAUGAUUACCAAUAUAGAAGAGAUGAAUGAGAAAUGUACAGAGUACUGGCCAGAGGAACAGGUCACCUAUGAAGGAACAGAAAUCACAGUUGACCAGGUCAUACAAGCAGAUGAUUACCGAUUAAGACUCAUCACCCUGAAGAAAGGUGGUGAAGUAAGAAACCUGCGACAUUACUGGUAUACAUCCUGGCCAGAUCAAAAGACACCAGAUCAAGCACCAGCCCUCUUACAACUGGUGCGGGAAGUGGAAGAGGCCAUGCAAUGUGCAGAAGAAAAGAAUGCCCCAGUCAUUGUCCACUGCAGUGCAGGGAUUGGGAGGACUGGCUGCUUUAUUGCCACCAGCAUUUGUUGUAAACAGUUGAAGUACGAGGGAAUAACUGACAUACUGAGAACAACCUGCCAGUUACGGCUAGACAGGGGAGGAAUGAUCCAGACUUGUGAACAAUAUCAAUUUGUCCACCAUGUCAUGAGCUUGUAUGAAAAACAGCUCUCAAGAGAAGCAGAAGAAUUUCACACACAUACUGAGAGGUGCAGAAGCAAAGAUAUUUUCAUCAUGGCAACUGCAGUCAUGCAAAUGGAAACCAUGGUCCAGCAACAUCACUCCAUUAAAGUUUCCAGCUCCCAGAUGCAACAUAUGUCUCAGGCCACCAAGAUUGUGGGAGAGGAAGUUGUUUCUAGGAAAUCUUCUACCACUGUGGAGUCCUUCAGCAUGGUGACACGCUCCUUUGAGAUCCCUUUAGGAGAAAGCAUCCCUGAAUUUGUGGAGAAGCCUCAUCCACUGACAACCCCUGAGGGAGACAAAGCAGUAUUUCGAGCUAAAGUGAAAGGUAACCCCAAGCCCAAUGUAACAUGGAAAAGAGAAAGUGGGAUACCAAUAAAAGAAGGUUCAAAAAUGUUUUUUGAUAGUAUCAAUAAGGAGUUUGUGCUAAAGCUGGAAUCCCUCACCGCGGAUGAUGCUGAUAACUACAAGUGCAUUGUUUCCAAUGACCAUGCUGAUAUUAUCUACACUGUGUCCUUGACUGUGACUGAAAGUCAAGAAAAAUUGGAUUUCAAAAAAAUGCUUAAAAAAAGGGGCCCUCCUGCUCCGAAGAAGAAAGCGAAGAAGGUGACUGAUGAGAAGGAAAUGCUUGAAAUCCUCUCCAAGGUGCCAAAAAAGGACUUUGAGAAGGUCUGCAUGGAAUACGGCUUCACUGACUUCCGUGGGCUCCUUAAGAAGCUAAAGGAGAUGAAGAAGAAAGUGGAGGCUGAGGCAGUCAAAGUCCUAAAACCUCUGGAGGAUGUCUCAGCUAAAGUGGAUUCCACAGCUAUAUUUGACACCAUUCUGGAACUGAGGGACCCCAAUACUAAGAUGACAUGGUAUAAGGGUAAUGAUCCCUUGCGUAUGCAGUACUGCCUAGGAAAAUAUGAAAUAAAGCAGAUGGGUACAAAGUAUAUGCUGUACAUCUUAAACGUGAAUGAAAAAGACUGGGGCACCUACAGUCUAAUUGUAGCUGACAAGAAACUCUCAGCACAACUGAAAGUGAUAGAUGAGCCCCUAAAAUUCCUGGCAGAACUGAAGCCAUUGAAAGUGACAGAAAGGCAGACAGCAGUGUUUGAAAUCCGCCUGUCCAAAAAAGUGCCCAAUUUCACCUGGAAGUUCAAUGGGAAGGAGCUGAAGCGAGACGACAAAUAUGAGAUCAUCACAUCUGACGAUGGAUUAACCCACACAUUGAAAAUCAAGGAUGUUCGGCCCAGUGACAUUGGAGAGUUUAGCGCCCAGGCUGGGGAUCUGGUGCAGAAAGCACCACUCUUCAUUGAACGAAUUCCAAUUAAAUUUGUCAGCAACCUGAAGAAUGUCCGAGUCAAGGAGAAGGGGAAAGCUUGCCUGGAGUGCAAGCUGACCUCUAAAGAUGUUACACUGAAGUGGAUGAAGGAUGGGAGGGUGAUUGAGAGGUCUGACAAAUACAGCAUGACACAUGAAGGGAAGAGGGCAGAGCUGAUCAUUGACGAUGCUGAGCUGAGUGACUCAGGAGAGUACACAGUGGUUGCUAUGCAAGAUAAUGACCCAACGGAGUACUGCAGCACUUCCAGUGUAACUGUGGAAGAGAGAUUCGCUACAGUCAAGAGCGGCAUGUCUGAUGUUCAGGCUCCAACUGGGAACCCAGCAGAGCUUUGCGUUGUCCUCAAUGAUGAGAAGGUAGAGGGAGUUUGGCUGAAGGAUGGAAAAGAGAUCACGGAUAUGACAGGGAUCCAGAUAGUCAAGCAGGGAGCUGUCCACAAAUUGAUCAUUGACAAAAUGGGAGAGGAACAUGAAGGGAAGUACACGUUCAGAGCCAAGGGGGCAGAAAGUGAGGCCACCGUUGCCAUUGCAGAUGUUCCUGUCAUUGACUCAUCUGUGCUGGAGCUUUUGGCUGCACACCCAGUGACUGUGAAGGCCGGGCAUACAGCAUACAUCAAGGUCCCAUUCAAGGGAAAGCCACUGCCAAAAGUCACCUGGUACAAGGAUGGUAUUGAGGUGACAGAGGAAGAGAAGGUUGUGAUGGAAAAAGCCAGUGACUAUGCAACGCUCACAAUAAAAAAGUGUGUGAGAGAAGACAGUGGAAACAUUAUGCUGAAGCUGAAGAAUGAUUGUGGUUCAGCUGUUGCUAAUAUGUUUCUCAACGUUGUUGACAAACCAAAACCACCUCAGGGUAAAGUGGAAUUGCUAGAGCGUACAGGAAAAUGUAUUAAAAUGAAAUGGAAAGCACCCAGAGACAAUGGAGGAAAGCAAGUGACCCACUUCAUCAUUGAAAAGAAGAUGGCUGGGAAAAAGUCAUGGAUCAAAAUUGGGGAAACUGACAGCAAACACACCACAUUUGCCACUGAUAAGGUUGAGGAAGGUAAAGCCUAUCAGUUCAGAAUCAUUGCUGUCAAUGCAGAAGGUCUGAGUGAUCCACUGGAGACAGAAGAAAUCUUUGCUGGAGAACCUAUUGAGCCCCCUGGACUGGCAUCUCAACCUCAAGUUACAGAUGUUACUAAGGAAGCUGUCACCAUCACCUGGAACCCUCCAGCACAGGACGGCGGCUCCCCAGUACAAGGGUACAUUGUGGAAAGAAGGAAGAAAGGCAGCAACCUUUGGGUCCCAGUUACCAAAGAACUAGUCCAAGAUACCAAGUUCAAAGUGGAUGGAUUGCUGGAGAAUACAGAAUAUGAGUUCCGUGUUACAGCUGUGAACAGGGCAGGGCCUGGACAACCCAGCACAGCCUCAAAUUCUGUUGUUGCAAAGGACCCCAUCAAGCCUCCGGGAAUGGUGAAGGGGAUCCAUGUGGUUGACUCUUCCAACUCCAGCAUUUCCUUGGCAUGGGAGCAGCCAGAUCAAGGAGACUUGCCCUCAGGAUACAUACUCGAGAUGCGCGCAGAGAACACCAAGGAAUGGACAAAAUGCUCUAAAAUCCCAAUCUCUGGCACCAGCUACACUGUGGGAGGCUUACAGGAGAGGCAGAAAUAUUUCUUCCGAAUCCGAGCAGUGAAUGAAGCUGGUGUGGGAGAACCAGCAGAGCUAGAUGAAGGAGUCCUAGCUAUGCCCCCUCCAGCCUCUCCUAAGUUUGAUCUAAGUGCCAAGCUGAAGAGUCAUAUGGUGGUUCGCGCUGGGACAGCCCUCUGCAUUCAUGCUGCUUUUACUGGUUCCCCUCCACCAACUGUGACCUGGCAAAAAGAUGGAAUUCCUACAAAAGGGAGAGAGAUCAUCACCAAAGGCAAGAACCACUCCCAGUUCCUCAUCCACAGCACCAAGCGUUUUGAUUCUGGUGUGUACAGGAUCCUCCUUAGAAACGACUAUGGUGAAGCCCAUUAUGACAUCCAAGUACAUGUGGCAGAUUUCCCACGGCCACCAAAGAAUCUGCAGCUGGUUGAGGAAGUGCCGAACACCAUGACUCUGAAAUGGGAUCACACCCCAGAUAUAAUGGAUGAUGGGCAUGCCCAUUACAUCAUCAUGAAACGUGAUGCUAGAACUGCCACCUGGUUCACUGCAGCUGAGAAAGUCUACAGUAACAAGUACACUGUCACGGCCCUGGUCCCAGGGAGGAAAUACUUUUUCCGAGUUAUUGCCCGCAACAACAUUGGAGACAGUGACCCUCUGGAUUCCAAGGAGCCCUGGCACAUCUCUAAAGACAAAGAGCGCUUCAGUGGCAAGUUGAAGGAGUAUCACGAGAGAGACUGGCGCCAGGCCCCCCACUUCAUUGCUCCGCUGAAGAACCAUGCAGUGCACCGGGGCCAGGACUGCACCAUGAGUUGUGCUUUCCUGGGCAACCCCCGCCCGGUGGUGACAUUGUACAAAGGCAAUGUGAACAUCACGGCCAAUUCUAAGUUCUGGUACAACUCAACAAGUGGCGUCUGCACGCUGAUGAUCCCCACCUGCAGCUCCAAGGACAGCGGAGACUACACCGUGGCCAUUGAGAACGAGCUGGGCCAGGAGAAAUGCAGCUGCGUGUUGACUGUGUAUGAUAAAGAUGAUAAAAGCCUCCUAGACUCAGUGACUGAAAGUCUUCAGAAGUCAAAGCACAUCAUGUAAUCAGCAGACCUGGAUCCAAAUACAUCCAGUCCAGCAUGCAGAAUAAUUCAAACAUUUCUGUGUAGUUUGACUUAGAUAUGCAUGGCUCAAAACAGCAACUGCACUAUCUUCUAUAGUGAUCAAUGAAAUCAAAUGCCAAAAGGUGGGGCCUGUAAAAGGGCAGUUUUGAUGUUUCAAUACUUUCUUCUACAUAGGCAGCUUCCAAAUGCUAGUGUGUGUGAAUGGUAAUAUUUCCAAUAUUGGAUGAAAAUGUAUCUUAAAAAUAAAAGGAGCCACAGACAGUGAGAGUUCUGCUUUGACUUCAAUGGGAGGAGAACUGGGCUAUAUCUGCAUUAGUCAUUGUUACUUUACUGCAGUACUUACAGGCCCCAGCUAAGCUCCGGGCCUUGUUGUGCCAGAUACUGUACAGUCACACAGUAAGAGAUGGU